AUGAUGAUCAAAAGUGAGCAAGUUUUGUAUUCGGAUCUCUUAUUAGCUUAUGUCAGACCUGCUCUAAGACUUCAUGCUUACUUUAAGCUUCUGCUAGUAUACCCAAUACAGUAUUAUAUCACCGUUAUCCAUGAUCACAUUUGCCUCUUUCUUUCACAAGUAUUUACAAAGCUCAGGUCUACACACUCGACGAUUUUGAAUUUUCUCUGCUCAAGAAAUCCAGAUUUAACUUUCCAUAAUAUGGGUCCAUUACCUGCAAUUAUAUGGAUGAAUGUAAUGGUCAUCGGUGGUGCAGAUGGGAAAGAAUUAACAAGGUUAAAUUCAGCAUUUUAUAAAGAGCUAGGACCAACAUAUUAUAAGAAGUAUCAAAACAUUCAAGCGCUAAUGGUUAUCAGCACUACAAAAAAGAUGAGGAGAAAUGAUUUUAAUUAUCUUACAUUUGGCCCUGAUUUUCCUCAAGUUCCAUAUGAAGACUUUAGUAUUUAUCAAAGAAACUUCAUCAGCUCAAAAUAUCAAUAUGAAGUCUUAGACGUCUAUUCAACCAAAACAUACAAAGAUUCAGAGUGUGAUUCCGUGAUUGUUACAUCUUAUUCUCAAGUUGAGUUUUUAUUCAAGGAAAUUUUGAAAAAUCCAGAUUCUCUUCUAAGGAGAUGUAUCGAAAACAUUUCUGUUGAUGUUUCAAUAUUAGAUGGAACAGAAGAAGUAUUUGAAAACAGUUUGAUAAAGUAUACAACUGAAAAUAUCAAUUCAGAAAAUCCUAGUGUAACAAAGUUGGAAAUGAACACUCCACUUAUGUCAAUAGGAAAAGAUCAUGAGGAAUUUAAUUGGUGUAGAUGGAAUAAUGGUAAUAGUGUACUAUGGAGCACUGCAAGGUUUUCCAAAGAACCUUGUGAGCCAUCUAAUGAGAUUUUUCCUACAAAUGUCUACUUUGGUGAGUUUUUACCAAUUGCUGAACAAUUUGAUUAUUAUCAUUCAAAUAAAAGAUCAGAGCUAUCAGAAUUUGUUAAUUUGGACUCUUUUAGAAAUGAAAACCCAAUGUCAAAUUAUUCAAGAACUUUACAACGAGUUGAUCGAAAUACGUUUCCUUCAAUCGUUAAUCAGUUUUCUGCAAACAAAUGUCAUGACAUAAAGAUCAAAAGGAGAGCUUUCAAAACUGAAAAAGACGUCUUGUCCACAUUAGACUAUAUUAUGGGAAUGAUGGCAUCUGAAAAAUAUGAAUGUGAGAAUAUUUCAACAUCCUUAUUGAUGAAUGGGUUUAUUCCAGAAAGGAAUCUAGAAAACCAUUUUGGAGGUUUUACUCAGACUAUAAGAGAUUUCAAGACUUCCAUGGUACUUAUCAACAAAAGAAGUGCUCAAGUUACUUCAAGAAGAGAUACAACCGUAUACGCUUAUUAG